AUGGAAAAACGUCCGUGGAGAUAUUUCCUGGGAUUUUUUCUCUUCGCGUGCAGAGUCAGUUUUUCCCACGGGAUCACUUUAGAGUCAAUUUAUUGGAAUACUUCAAACACGAAGUUCAUCCCUGGAAAGGGUUUGGUUCUGUACCCCCAGAUUGGGGACAAAAUGGACAUUGUAUGUCCUCGUAUCAAUGUUGGCUCAUACGAACGCAUGCGCGUGGAGUACUUUCGAGUUUACCUGGUUACCAAGGAGCAGCUGGAGAGCUGUCGCGUCAACAAAGACGACACGCCACUUCUGAACUGCGACAGGCCAGACCAGGACGUCAAAUUCACCUUCAAAUUCCAGGAGUUCAGUCCCAACCUGUGGGGUUUGGAGUUCUUGAAGGGCAAAGACUAUCACAUCAUCUCUACCUCCAAUAGCACACAGGAAGGUUUGGAUAACUAUGUGGGUGGUGUAUGCAAGACCAAAUCCAUGAAACUAGUGCUGAGAGUUGGACAAAGUCCUACUGACCAUCCUACGAGAUAUCCACCCAAAUACUCAGGCACAGACACACAGAACACCUUCAGCACAGAAAACGACGUGGUUGGAAGACCUGAUUCUGUGCCGGUGGAAGGAGAGAGCGAUGGUGAAGAACAGGACAGCGAAUCCCUGGGCAGCACAGGAUCUGAAACCGUCCUUUUCGCCGGCGUGGCGUCGGGCGCCGUCAUCUUCAUCAUCAUCAUCGUCGUCCUGGCGAUCUUGCUGCACCGUCGUCGACGCAAGCACUCGGAACAGUGCUCCGGCCAGAUGUCGCUGGGCACGCUGCCCAAACGCGGCGGAGCAGCGAGCGGAGGAUGCGCCGGCAGUAACAACAACGGUUCGGAACCGAGCGAUAUUCUCUUCCCUCUCCGCGGCUCCGAUAGCAUGUACUGCCCACAUUACGAAAAAGUCAGCGGGGACUACGGACACCCCGUUUACAUCGUACAGGAGAUGCCCCCCCAAAGCCCCGCUAAUAUCUACUACAAGGUCUGA